AUGGGUCUUGAAGAUACGUCAAAGAUCGAAGCAGGUAAUCUCUUCAAAGUCAAUGGCCUUGUUGCUGUGGUCACGGGUGGUGGCUCUGGACUUGGUCGAAUGAUGGCAAGAGCCCUCGCUGCUAACGGUGCCUUCAAAGUUUUCGUCAUUGGCCGCCGAGAAGGUCCGUUAAACGAGGCUGCCAGCUCGGUACCUGGUGGGACCAUCAUCCCCAUCGUUGGCGAUAUCACGUCCAAAGAUUCGUUGCAGGCCUGCGUAGAUCAAGUCAAGCAAUAUGUCGACGCAGUCGAUGUGCUGAUUGCCAAUUCGGGAGUAUCAGGCCCGUCAGUUCCAGUCCUAGACGAGAACCAGGAAAGCCUUCCUCUCUUGCAGUUGGCCAAAAAUAUGUGGAAGCCCAGUCCAGAGGCGAUUAACUCAACCUAUGCUGUCAACAUCACCGGCGUCCACUUCACAGUGGCAGCAUUCCUACCACUGCUGCACGAAGCAAAUCUAAAAAGACCUCAGCCGCCGUGCCUGGAGAAUUUCAAGCCUCGACCCCAGAUCAUCACCAUUGGAUCUGUUGGAGCAUUCAGACGCAAUCCCCUAGCCAACCUGUCGUACGGUCCCAGCAAAGCUGGCGUGACUCACCUCACCAAGUCACUCGCCACGACCCUGGUACCGUAUGAUAUUAGAGCCAAUGUGAUCUGUCCAGGCUUCUACUACAGCGAAAUGACGCAUGACAUGUUCAAAGCCCAGGGUAAACUCGGGAUUCACGACACUGAAGGGACCUUUCCGAAAGCGGCUCUCCCUGCUACGCGUGCUGGGAACGAACAAGACUUGGCCGGGGUGGUUCUGUGGCUUUGUUCCAGGGGCGGUGCAUAUGUCAAUGGUUGUACCGUGGUAACGGACGGCGGCCUGUUGUCCAUCUGCCCAGCUUCGUACUAG